AUAUCGAUUUUCUGCUUCGGUAGCGCAAUGGCAUUAGGUUUCGCUUACAUCUACACGGUGAUCAUAUUCUGCCCGAUUCUAUACUAUUGCUCUCCAGAAGAAACCAAAGAAAUUCCAGAAGGAUGCUUCCGACGGAAGGGCAAGCGCUUCUUCCGAGCUGUUCUUCACGGUUACAGUCGGUUCUUGUCCGAUAGGCGUGUGGCCAUAGUACUGUUUAUCGGAACUUUGGUCUAUUGGUACUUUGGCAUUAUGGGCACCGUCAGCAUAACAGCCAAGCUAGAUACAGAGAAGAUUCUUCCAAAGGACACGCCGAUCCAUCGGCCAAACCGAUUUGUGGAGAGUAUAGUCUGGGCCGAAUAUUACCCUGUUCACAUCAUCGUCAAUAGCCCAGUUGAUAUUCGUGAUGCUGACAAGCUAAACGAAAUCAACACAUUUGUGGGCGAGUUCGAAUCAUUGCCAACAUGUCGAGGCUCCAAUUUCACAAUGUUCUGGCUGCGUGAUUAUACCGAUUAUUACUGGGGAGUCGGUGUCAAUGAUUUCGAUUUCUAUUUCGAUGCUGAUGAGUAUCCUGAUGAGAAAGAGUUUGGAUAUAAGAAGCUGCCUGGCUUUUUGGGAAAUCCUCUCUACAAGCAUCAUAAGGCAUUCCUUAACAUCGAUUACAACAAGACGUGA